AUGUCCUCACUCUUGUCUGGGAUUGGCAACGAUCGCAACUGGUUUGCUCCAAUCUCCAUGCUAAUGGACGAUAUCCUCAUCGAGAUAUGGAUGUUGCUCCCCCUCCGGGACCGCAUCUCCGCCGCCCAAGUUUGUCAACGUUGGAGGGUCGUGGCGCUCGAUACCAAGUCGUUAUGGACAGAGAUCAAUAUCGAAGUCUUUAGUAGUCGCAAAAUAACCGCGCUGCUCGAGCGCAGUGGUCAUUCGCCGCUCACCAUUACCGCUGGAAACAAAAAGCUCGAUAAAUGGUGUCUGAACAACAUGGUACCUCCAUACCCGACUCCUCGUCCAUCAGGCCUCUUCGGCCAGCCACCAAUGCCGCCGCCCGGACAAAUGCGGCCUCCAGUCGAUCGAACCAAUCUCAAAGCCUACUUUUUCCACCAAUUCACCUUCGACAAGAUCAUUGGACGAGCUGAGCGACUCGAGGCGGCGGUCGGCGUCGAUAAAAGUCACUAUGUGACAUACCGAACGCUCAAGACGCCCAUGCCAUAUCUCAAGAGCCUUGUCCUCCGAGAGGAUACACGAGUCAACCCGUGGGGAGCUGGGUCCAUUUCAGCCAAUCAGGAAAAGUAUCGCAAGUAUAGGGAGAUGCCAGACAUCUUCUUUGGUGGCGUGACGCCCCAAUUGCGAGAGGUAUCCUUUACGCUCAUUCAUGCGCCAUGGAACGACCCCAUCUAUCGCGAUCUCACCCGGCUCAAACUCUCCACGACAAGGACGCGUGCAAAACCGAGCGAGAUGCUUCGGUUGUUGGCCAAUUGUCCACAGCUCGUCUACCUUGGCAUUCAUGAGACUAUGUCACCCAUUGUACAAAAUCACCUCCCCAAUCUUGGGGAAACGCCAAUCUAUUUAGACCCCACAGAGGAGAUGGACAUGGUCUUUUUAAACCAUCUCAAACGAUUCAACCUCGAAGAAUCGGACGCUGCCGUCUUCCCCAAGCUAAUGUCUAGAAUCCGCGCGCCAGUUCUUGAAAACCCAAUGUUACUUAUACCCGACACAUCGUGUUUGAUGGAUUAUCGCGAUGGAGGGAAGCCAUACGAAGCAUUGAGACUUUCCUUUUCUCAGACGACUGGGCUCCAGAUUACCGGUAAUCAUGGCCAGCUCAACGUGUCUGGAGUCGGCAACAGGCGAGCCAAAUCGCCUCGUUUUGCAAGAGAGGAUGGGUGGAGUGUCUGUUGCCGACCACGAACGCGUGUCAUCCCCACCCUACCCGCGUACGCCAAUGGCAAUACGACAAACGCAGCGUGGAAUCCAGUGGCACAACUUCACCCUUCGAGCGGCAUCAACCCAUUGUGCGACUUGCUCCAGUUUUUGCAUGUCAUGGAACGCACCGGGGUCGUGUACUCGCAGAUUGAAAAGUUGAGUAUUGCAGGCACCAUGGAUGGUACAGUAUACCGAAGCGUAUUUUCGCGAUGCUUCAACCUCAAGGCGCUCGUCGUGUCGACGGCAGGAGGCCUCAACGUGCUCAAGGAAUAUAUGCAAGAUCGACAUUGCCCAUCUCUGGCCUGGCUUCACCUCGAGCGGUACUCUGAACCAGCGAACGAGUUGGCGGACUGGCUUGAACUCCGCAAGCAGAGUGGACACCCUCUCCGACGUGUGAUCGUGAGUGUACACACGAUAUUACAUCCGCCCAAUGGGAAUGCGAAUUGGAAUUUCGCUCCAGUGGCGCAGGAAUCGAGCACGCUUGAUGCCGAGACGAAGCGGCGGAUCGAAGCGGCGCUCGAGCCCGGUUUACCUGGGCGUACUCAACGAUUCGAGUGGCGGACGGCGAGACCGUUUAUUAGCCCGAAUAUCUACGAUUUGGCGAGUCAAUGGGAUGAAGAAGAAGAGGAGCGAGCAGAGUUUGAAAAGAUGGCUACUCAAGUUGGGUUGACGGGGGAGAGUAUGCGGUCUGUCCUCGAUUUGACGACGCGAGGUGGUGAAGCUAUGGAUAUUGUUGAUGAAUAUCCUACGCCGACGUUGUUGCCCCUCAAUACGGACGUAUCAGAGGAGGAAGGCAUUCAUACGAGCAUUGGAUCACCUGUGAGUCCAGAGACGCCGAUACCGCCCCUGAAUCUGGGCAAUAUGAUGCCCAUGUACGGGCAGACGAUGACCGACUUUGAUGAAGAUGAAGAGUGGGACUUUGGCUUUGGGCCGUCGAUGUGGUUGUAG